CGAAGAAGACGCAGCAGAAGAAAUACACUGCGCAAAUGCGCAUGCUUGAGAUUUCGUGCGUGCGGCUUCUUGUCUCAGCUGAUGUGCAGUGAACGGCAUGGGCAGAUGAGACAGAUCGUCUGGUGAUCUGCUGUGUGGAGGACAGAAGAUUUUUCAUUAAACCACCAGCGUGGUUCUCCUCCUCUUCUUACUCUAGCAGUUCAUCUAGUAUCUAGCAUCAUGGCUGAAGAGGACUAUGGCACAUUUGUGGACUGGGCCCAGAUGGGGGAUCUGGCUAAGACUACUGGGCCCAGCAAGGUAGACUGCCAAGACCUGAAGGAGUUCAAGGCCAUGGCUCGGCAAGGUUACUGGGCCAAAAACCACAAACUACGGGCACAAGUCUACCAGCAGCUUAUCAAAGACAUUCCCUGCCGUACAGUUACCCCAGAUGCAGAAGUAUACCUUGACAUUAUGGGAAAGGCAGCCACUAAGAAACCCUCUUCCCACAUCCCCCUGCCAGAGUUUGUGAAUGGAAUUCCUGUGCCAGGGUACUGCCUGAAAGCUGAGGCGGUAGCCUCGGCCCAUCAGAUUAUCAACUGCGUCGCUGGACAGUUUCCAGAUAUCUCCCACUGCCCGUCACUUCCAGCCAUCACCUCUUUGCUCCUGCACUUCAGUAUAAGUGAAGCUCAGUGUUUUGAGCACGUCAGCCGCAUGCUGUCCUGCAAUGAGCCAGGCAAGCGACUGCUGGACCAGACUUUCCUGGCCUAUGAGUCCAGCUGCAUGACCUUUGGUGACCUAGCCAGCAAGUAUUGCACAGCUGCCCACAAACUGAUCGUAGCUACAGCCCAGGAUGUGUCGGACGUCUACUCAGACUGGCAACGCUGGGUGCUUGGUGACCUGCCUUUCAGCCAUGUGGUCAGAGUCUUUGAUGUCUACCUAGUGGAGGGUUACAAAGUCCUUUACCGUGUGGCUAUAGCCUUGCUCAAGCUCUAUUGCAAGCAUAAAGUAGGAGUCCAAAAGCUUCCAGGCAACCAGCAAGAUUCAAGCAAAGUCAGAGAAGACAUUCAGGCUUUUAUCAAGGGCAUUGCCUCCACCAUCACACCUGAGAAGCUGCUAGAGAAAGCCUUCUCCAUCCGUCUGUUCAGCCGUAAGGAGAUCACUCUGCUGCAGCUCACAAAUGAAAAGUCCUUGAAGCAGAAGGGAAUCACUGUGAGACAGACGCGGUCUAGGCAGAACGUGCAGCUGGCACUUAACCCUGACACCUUUUCCUCUGAUAUUGUGAGUGCCAAGGAGAUGCGGGACAUCUGGUCCUGGAUCCCUGAGCGUUUUGCCCUGUGUCAACCACAGCUACUCUUCACCACCUCUACCCAUGGUUGCAGCAUAAACAGAUUCUACUCACAUUGUGAAGGCUAUGAACCUACUCUGCUCCUUAUCCGGACCACAGAUGGUGAUGUCUGUGGAGCCUUCCUGUCUACAGACUGGGAGGAGCGGAAGAGAGGAGGCAACAAAUUAAGUUUCUUUGGCACAGGGGAAUGUUUUGUUUUUAAGUUAAAGCCAGAGGUGGAGCGCUAUGAGUGGGUGGUGAUUCGUCACCCAGAGCUCGCCACCUCCGUCAAGAAUCAGCCUCCAGUGGACACUGCGCCCUCUGAUGGUCAAAACUCAGACAACAAUAGCUUACAACAGCCAGAGAAGUGUGCUGGAGAACUGUCGCCCUUUCUCUCUGCUCGCCACUUCAACCUUAACUCCAACAAUACUUCCAUGUUCAUGGCUGGAAACUUUGACUCCAUCAUAGUAGGGGGCGGUGAAGGCAAUGCUCUGUACAUUGAUGCAGAACUGAACCAUGGUCGCACUGGCAGGUGCACCACCUUUGACAAUCCACCCCUGUGUGCAGAGAGCUUCCAAGUGUCACUGCUGGAGGUCUGGGGUUUCCAGGACACCAUGGCGCCAUAAUACUGCACAAAUAAAGGCACAAUACACUUUCAUACAGCAGACAUUCGUCCCACAAAUGUAUAUAUGAAUUAGUUAUUACUUUAUUUUUAAUUUAAUGCAAAGUACAGCCUGUAAACAUUGUGAUAUUUCUAGUUGCUUUUUGUGUUUUGAACUUGUUUUUUAAUUUAUCCUUUUUGUAGUACAGUGUACCAAUUGUUUUUAAUGUGUAGUCAUGUGAACUAGGUAAUUAAAGCACAGCAUGUUUAAAGUAUCCAUGUUAACACUGGGCUACAACAUUGAAAUGUUCUGAUGUAAAUGCUGUAUGAUGUUCUGUGGUUUAGCUCUGAGCACAUGUAUCUCGCUGCAGCUCUGACUGCUGAUAAACUGCGAGUACAAUGAGUGAAGUUUGUUGUCAGUGAGUAUUUAUAAGUGAUGAAAGGUUGUACUUCAGUGGUACCCUGUUCACUUUUAUCCAAGCCCUCUCGUAUUGUGCACAUCUGCUAAAUGAGUCCAUGUUGUCCAUGGUUGUGUGUGUGUCAGUGGUGAAUUUCAUUGUUCCUCUUUUUGCGCAAUAUGUGAAUGUUUUCUUUUGAAUGAGUGGUAGUCUCUUCUGUAAAGUAAAUACUAAUGUGAUUAACAUUGCAAUCCUUUUAAACGUCGCAACACAAAGGAUGUGUUUGUAAAGAAGAUUGACUCCGCUCGCACAUCCUUCACUGCCUUUGUACAUUUCUCUGAUAUCUCUAUCUUGUCCUCAGUGAGUCCACAACUGUACAUUGUGUAUCUGUGUUACUGUAAACUAUCAGUGGAGUGACUACAAAUGUGUUUAAUGUGUGAAAAUACAGCAAUACUAUACAUUCA